AUGAGUGUUGAUGAUUCUUUGCUAUUCAGAGCCGUUGAUAGUGUUGCAGCAUAUACUUCCAUCUCUAUUGGUGUCCCUGCUGAUUGUGCAAGUCAAAGUGUAGGAAAUUAUGCUAGCAGCCAGCCCCUUCUCCCUAAAGUGGAGUUUUGGCUCAAGAAUGCAUUUAAGCUCUCAAUAAACACAAUUAAAAUUGGGGUGGGUCCCACUACCAGGACAGGACCCAAUGAUGUGCAAGUAGCAGGAUCAAAGGACACAAUGGGAGGAUACCAACAAAAUGGAGAACAUUGGAAGCUCAUGAAUAUUCAAAACUAA